AUGUCUGCUCAAGGCCCGGUGAUUGUCAGACAGCUCCGGCGACACGCGCGUCAUAGUGCGGACAAGUUAGAUGGCGGGCACCAGGAGUUUACGUUCCGAGUGGCUUUCUUCGGCCUGCUCAUAGGAUGUCUCUUAUGCUUCACGAAUCUCUAUUUCGGCCUGCAGACAGGAUGGAUUAGCAUGAUGUCAUUACAAUCAGCCUUGAUUGGCUAUCUACUGUCCAAAUUCUUCCCCACACCGAUGUCUCCUCAAGAGAAUGUGGUUCUCCAAACAAUCGCUGUAGCCACAGGGACUAUGCCGCUAGCAGCGGGUUUCGUUGGUAUUCUGCCUGCACUUGGGCUCCUCGACGAGGAACGAGAUGGCGUACCACCGUUACAUCUGUCAUGGUUGGGCGCGGUAGGGUGGUCUUGUGCCGUUGCAUUUUUUGGAGUCUUCCUGUCUCCCCCCAUUCGUAAACAGGUGAUCAUUCAAGAGCAGUUGGCGUUCCCCUCAGGAACAGCUACCGCCCAGCUUAUUUCUGUCCUACAUCGAAUACCGCCACCCGACACCGUCGUGCGCCAGCGGCACGGAUAUCGUGAACUCGAGACUGAGGAACCCCAGAGUAUACCCACAGCUGAAUUAGUAGCGGAGCACGUCGGUGCUGUCGACGUCGAGGAGCCCGAGGUUGUCGUGCAAGAAGGAUGGGGCGCACUGAUCUGGAGUUUUGGCGCAUCAGGCGCGAUGACACUUGCAGCAUAUUUCUUCCCGGUCGUGUUCUCCAUUCCCUUGUUCGGCAACUAUCUAGCCAGCGAGUGGCUAUGGACCUUCACUCCCAGUCUCUCGUAUAUAGGACAGGGAAUCAUCAUGGGCUUCCCAACUACCCUGAGCAUGAAUCUCGGGAUGCUCGUCGGUUGGGCUAUACUCUCCCCGGUUGCUAAACACGCCGGCUGGGCCCCCGGCCCCGUCGGCGACAUGACCACUGGCGCACGCGGCUGGAUCCUCUGGGUCUCGCUCGCGAUCAUGUGCUCAGACAGCCUUGUGUCGCUGGUUCCCGUCGUCGCGGAGAUAGCACAUAAGAAGCUCUGGCGCGGCGCGAUCAAGCUCGGCGACAUCGACGCGGAGCCCACGGAGCAAGAGGAGAAGGAGGUAGAGACGGCCGACCGGCUCGUGCCGACGCGCUGGGUCAUUUGGGGCCUCGCAGGCAGCAUCGUCGGUGGUACACUGCUCGUGUGGCUCGUGUUUGGCAACGAGGGCAUCAAGCCGUGGGCGACGCUCAUUGGCUUUGUGAUGGGCGGGCUGCUCAGCGUACUCGGGGUGCGGGCGCUGGGAGAAACGGACUUGAACCCAGUCAGCGGACUGGGUAAGAUCAGCCAGCUCUUCUUCGCGUGGAUUCAGCCCGGGAAUAUCGUCGCGAACAUCAUCGCCGGCGGCGUUGCCGAGGCCGGUGCCCAGCAAGCGGGCGAUCUGAUGCAGGACCUGAAGACGGGGCACCUCAUCCACGCGUCGCCUCGAGCGCAGUUCUUCGGGCAGCUCAUUGGCUCGUGUCUCUCGAUAAUUGUGACGACAACCGCAUACACGCUAUACAACCGCGCCUACGAGAUACCAGGGCCGUCUUUCCCGGCACCUACUGCUUACGUCUGGCUAGGGCUCGCCCGCCUGCUUCGUGAUGGAGAACUGCCGAACAAGAGCGGCGAGUUCAUGCUCGCAUUCGCUGUACUCUUCGGCGCUGUCGCUGCGUUCAAGGCAUACGCACAGCGGCGCGGCCUGCGGCACGUGAAAUGGAUCCCGUCAGGUGUCGCGUUCGCGAUCGGCUUCCUGAACACGCCGUCGUUCUCACUCGCGCGGCUCAUUGGUGGCAUCGUCGAGCACGUAUAUUACACGCGCGUGGGGCGCGAGCGCGGCGGGAUCCGUCUGAUCAUUAUUGCUAGUGGGUUUGUGCUGGGCGAGGGCGUUGUGAGCAUCGUUGCGCUCGUGCUCCGGACAUGGGGUAUCGGCGUCGCGAGUUGCUGGGGAUGCGGGCACGAUAUGUGUGGUGGCUGCCCGGCGUGA